CCACAGGACAGGUCAAUUCGACCCUUGCCCAACCAUUCGACCCAAUCUCGGUCGCUCCUCCGUCGGCUAAGAGGCUCCCAUAGCUCCAUCCCGACCGAAAAGCUCCAAUAUCGUGAUUGCAAUCGCAUCCUAGUCGCAGUCGCAAUGGCUGAAGCAGGCCUCUUCACCGACGACCUCGUGUCCCCCACCGUCGCCGCUGCUCUCCCCGAGGGCUAUAUCGUGCGUGCCCUUCGCCAAUCCGACUACAACACCGGUUUCCUCGACUGCCUGCGUGUUUUGACCACUGUUGGUGAGAUUAGCGAGGCUCAAUUCGCAGAACGCUACCACUGGCUUUCCAGAAGUGACGGAUACUUUGUCCUCGUCGUUGAGGACACAAGUACCAAGACCAUAGUCGGAACCGGUGCCUUGAUAGUCGAGCGCAAAUUUAUUCACAACCUUGGUCUCGUCGGCCACAUCGAAGACAUUGCCGUCGCAAAGGACCAGCAGGGCAAGAAGCUCGGCUUGCGCAUCAUUCAGGCCCUAGACUUCAUCGCCGCCAAGGUCGGCUGUUACAAGAGCAUUCUUGACUGUAGCGAAGCCAACGAGGGCUUCUACGUCAAGUGCGGCUUCAGGAGAGCCGGCCUCGAGAUGGCCCACUACUAUGAGGGAGACAAGAGUAAGGCCCAGUAG